CGGGACCUGAUGGUAAUCACAAUGGGGAUGAUCGACCGAAUGAUGUCACUCGUUCAUCUGCUGUUGAACUAGAAAUGAACAUUGAACAGAGUCCCGAGCGUAUUUUCGAGGCGUCUCAGAACAUCGCGUCUGUUUUGGCGGAAAUGAACGUUUUUUCGGCCUCCGACGGCGAGGCAGAGAAUGUUGAUGAAAGAAACUUCUACCAACCAAGUAGAGCUAUUCCCGCCGGGGCCGAAGACCAGGACGAGGACCGUGUUCCUCCUGCUGUAGGAACCAUGUCGCACGAUUUGCUGGCGGUGUAUGACAGUCAAACACAGAAUGUUGACGCGCUAGAGCCGCAAGAAGUACUUCCGGACGAAUCCCACACGAACCAGAGAACACGAAGCGCAGCUCCACUGAAUAAGAUCGCUUCGUCAACCAGCGAGGAGGCGAGUAGUUCUCGUGCUGCGCAGCUUCGCGACCAUGCUGACAACGAGGAUGAAUUUGUGCACACAGACGAACCAGACGACGAGCAGUUCAUUUACAAACCGUCCCCGCCGGCGCAGGGGGGUAGUAGAAGAAUAUCUUCUCAUCAGGUCUCGUCUCAGCCACUACGACUGCUAAGUCAGACGAAAAACUUGAAGGACCUGGAACUCGCC